CAUAUGUAUUUUGUGAAUAUUUUAAAUAUUCUACACAAGAAAAUGAUUUAUGUCGAGAUGAGUAGGCUCGUAUAAGAACACACAUGUGUGCGUACGAGGCAAUAACCUACGCAUCUUCGUUCGCUAUAUUGCAGCACGUGUCCCGACCAUGCACAUGAAUACAUACAUAUACACAGAGCGCUUCCUUCAAACACGCAUAUGUCUAUGCCGGCAACGUUUGACUGAGAGCUGAUAAGAAUCUUGUUAGUUAGAAUGGCGGAUAUAAGAGACGAAAGAGGAAACUCAAUCUACCUAACGGACGAACAAGGCAAGCCAGCUCAGCUCGUGGACGAGUUUGGAAACGCGAUGCAUCUGACAGGUGUUGCAACCACCGUCCCUCACCUGAAGGAGAGCAGCUACACUGGUCCACAUCCGAUCACCGCCCCGAUCACGACCACCGAUACUCCUCACCACGCACAACCUAUCUCCGUGUCUCACAACCCUCUUGAAAACAUAGGCAUUUCUUCCUCCAACUCGAUGGAUGAAUAUGGUAAAGGAUCACGACAAGGAGCUAAUGUAACGGAUGAAACUAAAUCAAAGGUAGAGGGGCACGAUCCAUCAACUGCAACAGUGAGCGGAUCAGGAUCAGAAGAAGCUCACGAGAAGAAGGGGUUCCUUAAGAAGAUUAAGGAGAAAAUUUCCGGCAACCAUAACGAUCCGUAAAACUAUUAUCACUCUGUUUAUGAAACUAUAAAGUCACAAUUACAUUGUAUUGUUAGAACUUUUGGGUUGCUUCUCUCUAGCUUGUUUGCAAAUAAAGUAGGGGGUAAAAUA